AUGAACCAGUGGCUCGAAAAAUUCAUCAAGGAGCGCGGUUACCCUGCAGGUUGGAAAAUCAACAUACCAGAGGCGCCGACGCAGUCCAUCCCAAAGCCGCCCGUGCAGUCAACUGCCUCAACAGCAACCCGAACUCGGUCGGAGAGGUUGCCGAAACCCCUAGCCUUCAACGAAAAGGAUGGAUAUAUCCUCCAAGAAGGGAUAAAGAAAGAAUUGUACGGUUAUGUGAAGGCGGGGUACGGACAUCGAGUCCUACUUCGACAGGAUAGACAAAACGGGUACGACAUCUUCGAGUUCGUCAGGGCGAGCAAAUUCGGAAAAAACUUUGUCGAGAGGAACCAGAACGUGUUGAGCGGGACAGAGAUCAAGGCCGGAACCAAAGCCUCAUUACGGGGAAUAAGCUGGAAGCAGGUGUCCAUUUUUGGGGUCGCUCCCGUCAGAACCGACUUCGACGACGAGGCGAUGUUAAUGGCUUGGGUGGCAUUUCCUCAGAGCGAACCAACCUGGUACUGGCGCUCAUAUCUGGGGGAAGAAUUUGGAAUCGACGCGGUGGACGAAAAGUUGAACACCUUUAGGAGGAAGGCAGGGCAGCUCCCUCGAGCCGUCAUAGAUGAGGACGAAGCGGAAGAAAGUGACGAUGAUGAGGAAGGAGAAGACAAAGCAACCAGAUUGCGAUAUCUAAGAGAGGAAAUGAAAAGGUUGGAACAGGGAACUGCGAGAAGCAGACGUUCGUCGAGCGCGAAAAGGUCAAAACCGCGGCGACGAGCCCGAUAG